UCAUUUGGGUCCUUCUGAUCCACGGGCGGCUCAGAUUGCAAGAUGGCAGCCAACAGUAGCAGUAGCACGGGUAGUAAAAGUGGCGGAGGUAAACAGUCUGGCCCGUCUGCUGAGCAGGUGGUGUCCAACUUCCAGCGCAUGCGGCAGGAGCAGCGCAGCAUGGCGUCGAAGGCGGCGGAGUUUGAGAUGGACAUCAACGAGCACGGGCUGGUCAUCGAGACGCUGAAGGAGGUGGACCCCGGCAGGAAGUGCUUCCGGCUCAUGGGCGGAGUCCUGGUGGAGCGCACCGUCAAGGAGGUGCUGCCCGCGCUCGAGAGCAACAAGGAACAGAUUGGCAAGCUCUUGGAGUCGCUGAACACACAGAUGCAGAACAAAGGGCGGGAGCUGACGGAAUACCGGGAGAAGUACAACAUCCGAUUGGUCGGCGAGGAGGACAAGAGUAAAGGGGCAGGCAGCUCGUCCAAUAAGGAGGCCGGAGACGCGGGCAGUUCUAAGCCCGGCGCAGGGGUGCUCGUGUCGUAACGGACUCUGGAAAUGUGCUCAGAUGUUUAAACCUCCUGGACAUGUGGAGCAGAACAAGAAAGUUUGGCCACAUGUGGCUCACGUGUGGUUAGAGUAUGGCAGAGGAGUGACCUUAAAAAGCCAGGAUGGAUGUGACGAUGUAAUUUGUUGUGGAGGUUGGGGGAGGGGAUUUUGGGAGGUCAAAAAAUGUUUCAUUGAUGCAAACAAAUUGCUUAGAUUUGCUUUCCCUUUCUGUAAGGAAAUCGUACAACGUAGUGGGAAUUUCUCUUGUUAUAAUGCCUGACAUGUGGCUGUGGAAGUAUUGAGUUAAGUCACCAUAAAAUAUUGAGUUGAAAUCAACACAAAUCUAUACAGCUCAGUGUAUGGUUGAGGUGGAUGGACGGGUUAUUUGACAAAGGAAUACACAACGUUUCACUGUAACGCUCUUCAGUUUUGAACUCGUUCCAUGAUAGUCAUUGAAAUAUUUGGCUAUGACCCAUCUUGUGGCGCACUGCAAACAUUUUGGUAGCACUGAAGGAGAACUGGGCAUGUUUGAAAUCUAUUGGUUAGUUCAGUAGCUGGCUUUCAGCAAUGCAUUGUGGAUUUAAAAACGUCAUUUUUGUGUACAUGUGCAAUCUUAUUCAAACAUUAAUAUAAUAUGAAGCCAGACGAUACAGCAACAUUCAGAAUGCAAUGCAAGAGUUCUGCCUGGCCAAGGUCAUCACCCUUUUACAUUCAUUUCCCCUUGUCACAACUGUUAUGCGAUACACCACGUCAAAAUUAAACAAUGAUGCAUGUUGUGGAGGGAGACUUUCACUUCUCCCUUGUGCAGUAGAAAGCUAAUAGUGUACUCCAAAGUGAACAUGAAGUGCUGUCAUAGUUGGAGUAUUGGUAAUUGCCAUACUCGGAUGUAUGGUGAUAUUCUGUCAAAAAGCAUCCUAUUUCAAGUCCAAAAUGCAUUGCUUUGAAGUGAGCCACUCAGCCAGAUAAUUUCAUACAAACCCAUUCACACAACAGGAAGGAAAAAAACAUACACACACUUGCAUCUGCAGGCUGAACUGACUUUUGAUGUGAACACAGCCAGUAACAUUGCACCACUUGCCAUGUAAUAAUAACUAUCUGUGGAGGAUACCGUUUUUAUGUUUGCCUUUUUGUGUUCAUUUAUAAAGAAAAGACGUAAAGCA